AUGUCUUCUAUCCGUCCCAAAACUAGACCGUUGCCAAUCAUCAUUGCCCUCGUCCUGGGCUUGUUGUUAUGUUUAGCGGUUCCCGCCACAGCAUCGGCAUCUCAGCACUCUCCCCAGGCGGGCUCAGACAAACGAGAAUUAAUCUGCCACACGUCAAAUCCAGACGAGUGUUACCCACUGGUGUUUGAACCGACAGAUGAGUUCCAGACAGUCCACGAUGACCAACAACUUCCUAAUGGACUUCAUGUUCGCUUGAAUAUCUGGACGGGCAAAAAAGAAGCCAAGAUCAACGUGCCUGAUGAGAUCAACCCUGCACUAGAAGGCCUACCUGUCGACCAAGCUGUAGUUCUCGUCGAACAGGAGCAGCAAGAGACCAUUCAGGUACCCAAGGGUGCACCGAAAUACGACAAUGUUGGCAAGAUCAAGGAACCUGCACCAGGUGGGGAGGCUCAGGUAGAAGCUAUUGCGUUUAUGGAGACAUUCAAAAUGCUCAAGACUGGUGUUAUCCCGAGUGAUGAAGAAUUUGAUCACGGGCUGGAGGGGCUGGAAGAGCUCUCUCAUGAUAUCUACUACGGACUCAAAAUCACCGAGGAGACGGACGUGAUAAAGGCACUCUUCUGUUUGAUGGGAACUCCCGAAGGCCCAGUCUCUGAGGGUUACACUCCACGAGGCCAGCAAGCGGCAGCCAUUCUCGCCGGUGCCCUUUCCAACAACCCUUCAGCACUCAACGAGAUCUCCAAAAUCUGGACAGAGCUCAUGGACUCGACAUGCUCUCAUGAAGGCGCUACAAUCCAUGAACUUUUCUACCAUCACACGAUCUUGCCCACUGACUCUCCUUCAAAGGUCAAGGCCGCCGUCUCCGCUGUCAACGGACUCCUCAAGGACGACAAGAUCAGGCAGCACUUUUUGGAAGACAACGGCAUGAAGCAGCUGCUGCCGAUACUGUUCCAAGAGAAGGCCGAGUGGGCCGCAGCUCAGAGAAAAAUUGGGCAGCUGGUGCUCGACACCUUCUUGGACGAGGAUAUGGGCGCCCAACUUGGCCAGUGGCCCAGGGGCCAGGCAUUGAGCAACCAGGCGUGUGUGACGCCGGAGACGGCUUUGGAGGACGGUUGCUGGGACUAUCACGCUGAGAUGAUGGUGCGAUUGCAUGGGACACCAUGGAGCAAGGAGCUGCGGAAGAGACUGGCGAGUGCGCGCAAGGCGAACAGCAAGCUGCCGAACCAUGGCGAGCUAUAG